AACGAAAGAUGGGUCUAAUCUCAAGUUCUUGGAGCUUCAAGAAAUUCUUCGCAAUAGUUAUGGUCGCCUUCGCCAUCUCCGGUGAAUUCGUUGCAGGAUAUUACAGGCCCAGCCCGUGGAGAUACGCUCAUGCCACUUUCUACGGCGACGAAACCGGUAGUGAAACCAUGGGUGGUGCAUGUGGGUACGGAAACCUGUUUAACAGCGGCUACGGCUUGGACACGGCGGCGCUGAGCACGACGUUGUUCAAAGACGGUUACGGAUGCGGCCAAUGUUUCCAAAUAGUCUGUGUGAACUCGAAACAUUGUAACUAUGGACGCCCAUCGACGGUGGUCACAGCCACCAACCUUUGCCCUCCUAAUUGGUACCAAGACUCCAACAAUGGUGGCUGGUGCAAUCCUCCUAGAACUCAUUUCGAUAUGGCUAAGCCGGCUUUCAUGAAACUCGCUUACUGGAGAGCCGGUAUCAUCCCUGUUGCAUACCGCAGAGUCCCAUGCAAAAGGAGUGGAGGUAUGAGGUUUCAAUUCCAAGGCAAUUCUUACUGGCUUCUCGUCUUCGUCAUGAAUGUUGGAGGCGCCGGAGACAUAAAAAGCAUGGCCGUGAAAGGUAGCCGGACGAAUUGGAUAAGCAUGAGCCACAACUGGGGAGCCUCUUACCAAGCUUUUUCCUCUCUCUAUGGUCAGUCUCUUUCUUUCCGGGUCACUUCUUACACAACCGGUGAAACCGUCUACGCUUGGAACGUUGCUCCGGCUAACUGGAACGCCGGUAUGACUUACAAGAGUGGCGCCAAUUUUCGCUGAAAUUAUCGUUUUGACCUUGGAAACCCAAACGGGAUUUCUUCUUUCUUCUCUUUUUUUUUUUUGUUUUGUUUUGUAUUUGGGAUGUGUACAAGUUUCGGUGGCCUUGUGUUGUUACUGGCCCGGCUUUAUGUUAUACAUCUACAUGAAUGUGUAAAGUAUGUAUGCAAUUGUGAUAUAACUCUUCAUAGUCGGAGUCAUGAUGAUGAAGUCAACACUACUUCUUGAUCAAGGUACUUUCAUUUCGUUGAAUUGUGUCAUGUGCAUGUGAUAAUUUCUAACAGUAACCACAUUAAGUAAGUGUGUGCAAAUAAUUAUAAAACAUUAUGAACCAGA